UUCAACUAUCAGACAUAUUUUCAUCAUGUAAUUUUUUUUAUUUUCAAAAAAUGAAAACAUUUUUCUAAUAAAUAAAGAUUUUCAUAAUCAUAUGUUAAAUAAAAAUUAAUUCCCAAGGAAACAAAAAAAUAACCCCAAACGUACUGAUGAUUAAUGUUUCACAACUAUUCGAUAUAAUCAAAUGAGGAUAAAUAGUUUAUUUAAUAAUUUAUUGAAUAUUACAAUGGUUAUCAUAAUAAUUAUAAUUCAUCAUAUGAAAUUAUUCAAUACUGAAUCAUGGCAAACUACAUUACGUUUAGCUAAACGACAUACACAACAUUAUGAUAUUGAUAUAUUAAAAACUGCAUUAGAUAAUUAUGUUUAUAAAAUGAAUAAUGAAAAGUUUCAUCAAAGAACUAUUCAUUUAAACAAUGUUACAAAUGGUUACCAAAACAAUCUAACAAGUUUCCAUAAUGAAUUAGAUGAUAAUAAUGAGUUAAUUUUAACAAAUUAUAGCAGUGAUACUAAUGCAAUCACUGAUGAUAAUCAAGAAACUAAUUACAAGAAUUAUUUUCUUGAUCAAACAAUUCAAAAUUCAAAAAGUACAAAUGUAAAAAGUCCUUCAUUUAAACGAAUUCAUACUUCAUCCAAUUCAUCAUUUAUUUGGAAUAUAUUACAAUUUUCAUUUGGUUUAUUGUGUUUUAUUGUACAUGUUACAUGGUUUAUAUGGUUAAUAUGUCAUACUGUAUUAUUUAAAAUUUGUCAACAACCCAGUAGUUUUCAAUUUAUAACAGUUUCUCAUUCUAGAAUAGGACAGAUAAAUGAAAAUGAUUUAUUUGUUAAACAUUAUCAAUUAACAAUACAUUCAGAAUUACAUUUAGGUUUUGUAGGUACUAUUUAUGGAUUUAUUAUAUCAAUGAAACAAUUAUCAAGUCCUUUGAUAGAUCCUAAAUCAACAACUACAUUAGAUCAAACUAAUUUAAUUCAUCGAAAUUAUUUAUUAUGUUAUUUUACAAGACAUAUACUACUUGGACUUUUAACAGUCUAUUGGAUUACUAUAUUUAUUAUUAUACUUAUCAAUACACAUUAUAUCAAAUCCAUUUCUUUGAUGAAUACUUCAACCAUUCCAUACAUUCAUAAUAUCUUUGUUAUUUUAUAUAUAAGUUUCAUCAUUUCAUGGAUCUUUUCUAUUGUUCUACGUAUAAGUAAUCUAUUAAUUAAUUAUAAUUUACAAAAAUUUACAAUGAAACAUUUAACACAUUCAAAUCCUACACCAAUUAAACAAAUUUUAAAUUUUGAAUGUAUUCUAACAAAAAAUUUUGAAUAUCAAAAAUUAUAUUUUCAUACUAUAUGUAAUCAAACAACCAUUGAACAAUGGAUUGAAAUUAUUACAAAUAUAUUAAGUGAUAUAUUACCAAAUUUUUUAGUAUUUAGUAUUAGUAUAUUUAAUUGUUUUUUAUCAUUUAAAUUACGUAAUCAUUCAAUGAAACAAAUAAUGAAAUCUUUAACUUGUAAUAAUAAUACUACUACUCAUAACAGUAAUAAUAGUAGUAGUAAUGAUAUUAUUAAUCAUAAUGGGAAUCUAAUGAAAUUAGAUAAUCUAUCAAAAGAAUUAAGAUGUUCACCUCAAAUUGAUAAAGAUUCAAUAAUAAUCACAGAAUUAUGUAAUAAUAUAUCUACAACAACAACAACAUCAUAUUUAACUUAUCAAUGUGACCUUUCGGUUCAACAUCCUAGACGACAGUCUCAAUCCGAAGAUCAUGUACAAGAUAAACAAACAUUACAAUUAAAUAAAAUAAAAAAAAUUUAUCAAAUUUUCUAUUUUUCAAUAAGUUUAACUAUAUUAAGUUUAUGUUUAUUAAUUAAUCAUUUUAUACGUUUAAUCAUUUAUGGGAAUUUAAUGAGAUCUCAAAUGAAUUAUUGUGAUUCAUGGAAUUUUAAUCAAGGUUUAUAUAAAUCUGAUAAUAUGAAAUUAUUUCAAUUAGUACAUGAACAUUUACACAUUCCUCAUCAAUAUUUACAAGGUUGUAUAUUAAUGGAAAUAUUUAUUACUACAUUUGUACCGAUUAUAUGUUUUACUUUAAGACGUUGUCAUAAUUUAUUUUACUUAUCAUGCUGUAGAAUACAUGAACCAAGUGAUUUGAAGCAGAUACUAAACAAAGAUAUAUGUAGUGGAAACUCCGAAAUUUCAUAUGAUAAAUCAAUAAAAAUGGAUUAUAUUAAUCUUUCUAAACUUGCAGUACCAAUUGGAUCACAUAUAUCAUCAACUACUAUUGAUGAUCUUGGUAAUCAAAGUACUAUUACUGCUUCAUUAUCAUCUACAACACAAUGUUAUCAAUCAUCUACGGAUACUAUAAUUCCACCUUGUGAAUUAUUAAAAUUACAAACAUUUACAAGAGCACAAUUUGAACAAAAACCUCAAAUGUUAAUAGAUAAUGAAUCAUAUUUAAAGCCUAUAUAUACAAAUUUACCAACAUGUUCUAAUGAAAUGUUAGAACAAAAUACAACGACAACUUUUGUACCAGUUUCUAUAAAACUAGUAAAUUUACAGCCUUUAUGUUGUCAACCAUGUGAUAUAUUUACAGGUAGUACAAAAAUCUUAUCUAAACCAGAUGAUACUGUGAUAGAAUGUGAAUAUUUAAAUAAUAGUAACUGCAUUUAUCCUAUUGAAACUACAGGGUCAGUUGUAAAAUUACAUGUUGUAUCAGAUUCCAGUGGAUAUGGUGAAUAGUGUUAUGUUAUCAAAAUAUAGGAUAGGAAUAGAAUGAAAUCCGUUCAAUUUUUCAAUGAAAUAUGAUGACUACAUUUAAUGACGUAUCAAAUCCUGGCUUUGGCAACGACCUACAAUUCAGGAGGAUGCAAUCCACAAACGAUUUAUAUCAAAAUAGAUAGGUACGCUAAUUUCUUAAAAUAAGUUUUGAUGCCAUUUGAAACGACAACCAGGAGGCUAAAACAACAUAAUCACUGAACACAACUAUGUACGACCCACUUUAACUAUUAAGCCUUAAAGAUAGAAAUAACACACAUAGUUUUUAUCAUUAUCGUUUAACCAUCUAACGGCAUGGAUGAGUGACGUUAAUGCCAUUGAGAGAGUAUCAUAUGACUCUGAAACGGUUGAUUUUAGAAAUCAGAAAACCUGAUAACGUUUUGUUAUUUACUUUGCAUUUACAUUAUAUCAUGGAUAGGAGGACCAACACACUGUUAGGUGGUUGGAGGCCAUCAUGAGGAAGCCCUGUACUUUGGAUUCGAGGUAGUUGGCAAACCUAAGCAAGAUGAUCUGCAAUCAACAGGUUUCAAGUAACUAUUACUUAUGGUUUUUUUUUAAAAUAAGACACCCUGUUUCUAGGUUCAGUAUGCAAUCUUCAAGGAUUUAGAAAUUAUUUCUCACUUAUGAAAUAUGAAGACCAAGGUAGGAGACAAGAACACUGACAACUACUUUAUGCAAUUAACGAAAAUGUGAAGUAUAUGAAUAAAGAAACAAACACAUUUGCUUCAACAAAUGACAAGCAUAUUUUAGGUAUUCCAUCUUGUCAUGGACUCUCGUACUCAUUUUGAUAACCUAUCCAUUCACAAAAUCUAUUAUUAUGACUAGACUUCGAGAGUGACAUAGUAACUGAAGAGAAGAAACGUAGUAUCAUCUCGCGAUUUACUGAUCAGCAUUUUACCUGAGAGUUGAUCUAUAGUAUUUAAUUUGAAUACCAAAGUUAUUAUUAUAUUCAGUAAAAAAUUGAUAUAUCUUGGGCCACUUCAAUUACUUGCUUUGGUGAAGAUUUUAGAACGCUAUUUAUUCAACGAAAAUGAAAUUUAAUUAACACAAUAUUGUUUAGCAUCUUCAUAAUCAUACACUAGUGUAAUUUUAUUUGUUAAAGCUAGGCUAUUAAAUUAACUAAUCAACCGACUAAGUGAAGAAGAGGUAGUUAUUUUUUACAAAUCUCAUACUAAUAAUAAUCUAUUAUUGUACUCUUUUUAUUUACAGAUUGUUAUACCUUAAAGACUAAUAUUCCGAUAGCUAUGGGUUUUUGUCAGAAUCUACUGGUAUCAAAAGGUAAGUAAUAGUGAGGUUAGAC